AUGAAGGCUCUCAUUCUCGUUGGCGGCUUCGGCACGCGUCUGCGACCUCUGACCCUCACCAUGCCCAAGCCCCUGGUCGAGUUUGCGAACAAGCCCAUGAUCCUGCACCAGAUCGAGGCUCUCGCUGCUGUUGGUGUCACUGAUGUUGUCCUCGCUGUCAACUACCGCCCGGAGAUCAUGGAACGGGUCCUGAAGGAGUACGAGACCGAACUCGGUGUCAAGAUCCAUUUCUCCCUCGAGAGCGAGCCCCUCGGCACCGCCGGCCCCCUCAAGCUUGCAGAGGGCAUCCUGGCGAAGGACGACUCGCCCUUCUUCGUCCUCAACUCUGACAUCACCUGCGACUUCCCCUUCAAGCAGCUUGCCGAGUUCCACAAGUCCCACGGUGAUGAGGGUACCAUCGUUGUGACCAAGGUCGAGGAGCCGUCCAAGUACGGUGUCAUUGUCCACAAGCCCAACCACCCGUCGCGCAUCGAUCGUUUCGUCGAGAAGCCUGUCGAGUUCGUCGGCAACCGUAUCAAUGCCGGUCUGUACAUGCUCAACGUCUCGGUCCUUGACCGUAUCGAGAAGAACCGCCCUACUUCUAUCGAGCAGGAGACCUUCCCCGCUGUCGUCAAAGACGGUCUGUUGCACUCGUUCGACCUCGACGGCUUUUGGAUGGACAUUGGUCAGCCCAAGGAUUACCUGACUGGCACCUGCCUCUACCUUUCUUCCCUGACCAAGAAGAACUCAAAGCUUCUCUGCUCACCGUCCGAGAGCUUCGUCCAUGGUGGAAAUGUCAUGGUUGACAAGAGUGCCAAGAUCGGCAAGAAUUGCCGUAUCGGACCCAAUGUCAUUAUUGGCAAGGACGUUGUCGUCGGCGAUGGUGUACGACUCCAACGCUGCACUCUCCUGCCUGGCUCUAAGGUUAAGGACCACGCUUGGAUUAAGAGCGCUAUUGUUGGCUGGAACAGCUCCGUCGGCAAGUGGGCUCGCCUGGAGAACGUCACCGUUCUUGGUGACGACGUGACCAUCGGUGACGAGAUCUACGUCAACGGUGGUAGCAUCCUUCCCCACAAGAGCAUCAAGGUCAAUGUUGAUGUGCCGGCCAUCAUCAUGUAA